AUGGACGUGUUGCCUCUGCCUUCAGUGCCAGCUUGUGAUGUGACGUGAAGGGAAGAGAGUCAUUUUGGGACAAAGGGGGUACUGCCUUUAAGGUAUGAGAUUUCAUCCCAGCAAGCUACAGGCCUCUCAGUCUACAAUGUGAACCGUUUUCGACUGCUGGAAGAGAGAAACCGAGCUUUGAAGCUUGAAGUAGCCACGCUUCGCCAAGAGAAACAGCAGUACAGGAAACUGAAAGCAAAGCUCCAUGCUGCCUUGCAGGAGAAAAAUCGUCUGAACCUUGAGCUGAUUAACCACCACCUGAAGGCAUCGAAAUAUGACCAGGUGCGAUCAGACUAUGACCAGCUGAGACAGACCUUUGCUGUAGUGAGCCAGGAGAGAGACGUGGCCCAGCGGCAGAGGAGCCAACUGCAAGGCAAAGUGGAGAACCUGGAACAGGUUCUAAAGCAUAUGCACGAGGCUGUAGAGCUGAAGCAGCAGCUGCAGAUAGAGCAUGAGCAAUCCUUGGUGGCCCUUCACACCAAACAGAAGGAGAUCAAUCAAUUGCAUAAGGCUCGGGUGCAAGCUGACCAAGAGCAUGAGGAAGCAGUAUACCUGUUAGAGGUCAAGGUUCGUGACCUGGAGCAGAAAUGCAGGUCACAGAGUGAACACUUCCACCAGCUGUCCAAAGAGUUGCUGAAUUUUCGUUUGCAAUCAGAUACUGUGGACAUCCUUAAAAUUAAUCCCACCUCCACAUCUCAGAUCCCCCUCUCACUACACAAGAAACUCCCACAGGUCAUCGUUGGGUUUGAAGGCCAACCGGAGACAGGCGAUGAGAGCGCGGCAAACACGCCGCUACUGAUCUCCCAGUUCUUGCCCUGCAUGCCGGAGACUGGAGACAGAGAAGGACCAGAACUGCUGUCUGUCAAAUCCAGCACCGUGACAACGGACCACCCCAGCACCCCUCGACAGCUGACCUCAUCAGAGAUGGAGGAUGAGGCCAGCCCAUCACCCAGGUCCAAGCCUCGCUACACAGGCCAGGUCCGCCUUUGCACUGCCCGCUACAGUUAUAACCCUUACGAUGGACCAAACGAGCAUCCUGAAGCAGAACUCCCCCUUGUGGCCGGAAAGUAUCUGUACGUGUAUGGAAACAUGGAUGAUGAUGGCUUCUAUGAAGGGGAGCUGCUGGAUGGCCAGCGAGGACUUGUCCCAUCCAACUUCGUGGAGUUUGUCCAGGACAAGGAAAAACCAGCGAUUCAGGCUGGGGAGGGAGGAGAAAACCUGGGCCCACUGGACCACACACCCAUGGCCUUGAUGGCAGUGGAUGGAGGUGCCUCCCAGGAUGGCCUCCUGGGUUCAGCUAAUGCCUUGGUUCCCUGUAGCAAUGGGACAGGGGGGCCCCUUGACCCUGAGGACCUGGCUGAAAAUGUUGUGCCUUAUCCCCGAAAGAUCACCUUGAUCAAGCAGCUGGCACGGAGCGUCAUUGUGGCCUGGGAGCCUCCACUAGUGCCUUUGGGCUGGGGGAACAUCUCUGGCUACAACGUGUUAGUAGAUGGGGAACUUCGUGCUAGUAUACAGUACGGUGGCCGGACCAAGUGUUUGCUGGAGAAGCUGGACCUGGACGGUUGCGUUCAUCGCGUGUCCGUGCAGUGCAUCACUGACCGGGGCUUGUCAGACGAGCUGCGGUGCACCUUGCUGGUGGGAGCCAAUGUGGUGGUCGCACCAUGCGGUCUGCGAGUCGAUGACAUCCAGCGUGACACUGCCGAGCUCUCCUGGUUGCCUAGUAACAGUAACUAUGGUCACACCGUGUUCUUGGAUGGGGUAGAGCACGCGGUGAUUAAGCCAGGAAGGUAUAGACUACGCUUCCUCAACCUGAAGCCCCUGACGGUGUACAAAGUGACAGUGGUGGCACAGCCGCACCAGGUGCCAUGGCAACUGCCACUGGAGCAGAGAGAGAGGAAGGAAGCUGGUGUGGAGUUCUGCACCCAGGCUGCAGGUCCAACACCAUAUUGCAGAACAGGCCCUCCACUGCCUCCCCAGGAUGUACAGGUGCUCUGUGGGCAGGCUCCAGGGGUCCUACAGGUCUGCUGGAAGCCACCAAUCCUCUCUCCCACAGGCACAUCUAAUGGUGCAAAUGUCAUUGGCUACGCAGUAUGCACUAAAGGACAGAGGAUAGCUGAGGUGUUGUACCCAAUGGCAGACUAUGUUACUGUCGAGCUGACAAGGAUUCAGUGCCUGGAGGCCAGGGAGGUCAUCGUCAGGACGCUGUCAGUACAGGGAGAAUCCCAGGACUCCCAAGUCGCCGUCAUUCCAAACAACCUGCUUGUGCCUCUACCUCCGCUUCCCCUGCCACCCCCAAUGCACCCCCACGCAGGCCCCCCUCCACACCCUCAUGCUCAACCCCACGUCCAAUCCCCUCAUCUUCCUCAUGCCACGCCCCAACUUCCUGCUCCACCCCAGGCACAUGGACAACCACUCCCGCCCCAUCCUCCCCACCCUCAACCCCAUCCCAGACUUCCCCAUCCAGGUGGACCACCGCAACCCCAGCUUCGACCCCCACAUCCUCAGCCCCAGCCACUACAUCUUCAGCCUCGUCCACCCCACCAAGGUCCCAGGCCCCAGCACCAACUGCCUCUGCUACCCCACCCCCAGCCCCACCCUAUACCUCAGAGACCAGUAAGUGCCAGAGACCUGGAUGCCAAAGAGCAUGCGGCCCACCACGGGGGAGCUAUUCCACCUGGCCAGCCUGGUUGGGACCCCUCGCGCUCUCCCUCUUCCCAGCCUCCUGUGCCCAUGCAAGGCCACACCCUUGAGGCCCCUCCCUCUGCCAAUCCACGCUCCCCCUCCCCGCAGAGGAUUCUACCACAGCCCAGAGGCACGCUUAUCCCGGACACCGUGGCCAAAGCCAUUGCCCGAGAGGCAGCGCAGAGGGUGGCAGCAGAAAGUGGCAAGGGGGACAGGAGGCAGGGCAGGUACGGAGAGCAGGGUCAUUCAUUUCACCAGCAUCACUCUGACGAGGAAGAGGAAGAUGAGGAAGGGUUUGCACGCGGCCGUCGGAGAGGACCCUCAGUAGAUGAGUUCCUCAGAGGCUCUGAGUUGGGGAGGCCGCCUCACUAUAGUCACAAUGAAGAUUAUCACAGCGAAAGCAGCCGGGGCUCUGACCUGUCUGACAUCAUGGAAGAGGAUGAGGAGGAGCUGUACUCUGAGAUGCAGCUGGAAGAGGGACGUCGACGCAACUCGCACAACACACCCAAGACAAACACUCCGGCUGGAGGCGGCCAUGACCGGGAACCUGGGAGAAGAAUCCAUCAUGGCGGUCCCCAACCUCAGAGGCGACCUCUAAUGGUCCCUUCCAUUGAUGGAUACAGGGAUCGGGAUCGCCGCUCUCCUACAUACUACGAUGAGUCAGAGCCUGAGGAGUCCUUCCGGAUCUUUGUGGCCCUCUUUGACUACGACCCCCUGUCCAUGUCCCCUAACCCAGAUGCAGCUGAUGAGGAGCUGCCGUUCAAAGAGGGGCAGAUCAUUAGGGUGUACGGUGAUAAAGACACAGAUGGGUUUUACAGAGGUGAAGUGAGAGGCAGGAUGGGGCUGAUCCCCUGUAACAUGGUGUCAGAGAUUCGAGCGGAGGACGAUGAGACCAUGGACCAGCUCAUCAAACAGGGCUUCCUGCCACUCAGCACCCCUGUGGACAGAAUAGAGCAGAACAGAAGAGGCCUCCGUCGAGAUCAGGCCUCGAGGAGGAUGGUGGCUCUGUACGACUACGACCCCCGAGAGAGCUCCCCAAAUGUUGACGUCGAGGCUGAGCUGACCUUCUGUGCUGGUGACAUCAUCGCUGUGUUUGGAGAUAUCGAUGAAGAUGGGUUCUAUUAUGGUGAGAUCAACGGCCACCGUGGUCUGGUUCCCUCUAACUUCCUGGAAGAAGUGCCUGAUGAUGUGGAGGUGUAUCUGACCGAUACUCCGUCCCACUACCCCCAGGAAGAGCCUGCCAACCGGCCCCCUGCCAACUCUGCCGCCAGCGUCUCAGAGGGCAAACGGGUUACCACAGAAACCACAGACACGGCCGACACCGACGCCACACCCGUGCGAGCCCCGUCCCCAAUUGUUCGCCCCCUCCUGCCGGGCACCAUGAGGCCCCUCAGCCCUUCGAGGGCCCCCCACGUCUCGCUGGACCCCCGGGACCCUCAAGACCUGGCAAACAAGAAGAAGAAAGGACUACUUUCCAAGGGGAAGAAACUGCUGAAGAGACUCUCCCCUGUGAAAUAA